UGUUGCCUUGUUUGUCGCUAGAUCGUAGCGUUCCAUGGUUUCGUCUGCCUUCUGUGACAAGCAGGUUAGGACGACGCACCUCCGCAAACGACCACGGCGGUCGUCCUCUCGACGCCGUCUAGCCGCAGAUGGCGCCGCGGCUGCGCGAACGGAGCGCCCCCGCACCCUCAUAUGAAAUUGAUUAUGGUUUGUUCACCCUAGAGGUACAUCACAAUGGCUUUUUCUGUGGCUCGGGAAGCAAUAGGACAUAUUGGAUGACAGAGUUGAUUUUUUCGAUUAUUGUGAGGCAGAGGACAUGUCUAUUUUGUGGCUUGUUGAUUUGUUAGAGCGACCCGGUUACCCUGAUAGUGAAAAGUACAAGAUAUAUUUGCUCAUGCCUGGGAGAAGUAUUACUGAAGGACUUUUCUAUGUGUGGUGUGAUGAUGAUCUUCAGAAGAUGAUGAGUACAGUACCGAAGAACUGCAACAGCAUAAUACUUUACGUCGAUCAAAUGUUUGAAAUUCCUGUUAACAUAUGUGAUGAGGUUGCCAUAGAAGAAAAGGUUUUAGAGCCCAUUGUAGGUGAGGGGGUCAAUCCUGAGAGCAUUGUAGGAGAGGACAUGUUGCGGGCAGAUCAGGGCAGGUUGCGGACAGAAGAGAAAAGGUUGCAGAGAUUGCAGAAAUUUAAGAAACUGAAGGAUGAAGAGUCUGAUGACAGCGACCAGUUGGAUUCAGAUGCAGAUUUCUUUGAUAGUGACAAUGACCCAUUAGAUGGGGAUGAUGACAUCUUUGCUGCAUUUGUGGACCAUGAUGUCAUAGAUGCAAUGAUUACUAGCAAAGGCAAAAAAGUAGUUGAAGUAAAUGAGGAUGGUAAGGACAAGAGGAAGAAGAAGAAGAAGAAGAAGAAAAGUAAAAAGGAAGAUUCUGAUGAGGAGUUGCUUCUUCCAGAUUCAGAUGACGAGAACUUCAAUUUUAAGUUCAAGUCUUUUGCUGAACAUGACAUGGCAGACCCGGAGUUCAAGAUUGGAAUGACUUUUUCAACAGUUGAGCAGUUGAGAGAAGCAAUAUCUGAGUAUAGCAUAAAGAAUAGAGUGGCUUUGCACAAGACUAGAAAUUGUAGAACCAGGGUUGAGGUGGUCUGUGCUGAAGGUUGCCCCUGGUAUUUGUAUGUGACAGAAGACAGCAGGUCCAAGAGCUUGCUUGUGAAGAGAUAUGUUAAUGAGCACACAUGUAGCAGAGAGUGGGCUAUCAAGGCAAUGACUGCUCCCUAUCUUGCCAAAAAAUAUGUGGAAGAAAUAAGAGACAAUGAGAACAUUGAUGCAAAGUCAUUUGACAAUAAGGUGCAAAAGGACUACAAUUUGGCUCCUGGCAGAAUGAAGCUGCAAAGGGCAAAGAAGAGAUCAAUGGCUAUUAUCAGAGGAGAUGAGGAGAAGCAAUAUAAUUUGCUUUGGGAUUAUGUGGAAGAGAUUAGGAGAUCAAACCCUGGGAGCAGUGUCUUUCUUAAUUUGGAUGCAAAUGGUUUGUUUGAAACUAUGUACUUUUCUCUUGAUGCAUGCAAGAGGGGCUUUCUGGAGGGUUGCAGGCCAAUUCUUUUCUUUGAUGGUUGUCACUUGAAGACAAGGCAUGGUGGUGUUAUGUUGAUAGCAAUAGGUAUUGACCCUAAUGAUUGUAUCUUCCCAAUUGCCAUGGCUGUGGUAGAUGUAGAGUGCAAAAACAGUUGGAAAUGGUUCAUGAACACUUUGAAGCAUGACCUGAACAUCCACGACCACACGGCAGCCUUUACUCUUAUGUCAGAUAAGCAGAAAGGGCUGAUACUUGCAGUGCAGGAAGAAUUUCCAGAUAGUGAACAUAGGUUCUGUGUAAGACAUCUCUACCAAAACUUUAACACGAUUCACAAGGGGGAAGUUUUGAAGAAUCAACUUUGGGCUUGUGCAAGAUCUAGUAACAAGCCACAAUAUGAAAGAAACAUGGACAAAUUGAAGGCUCUGAGUCCUGAAGCAUAUGCAUGGCUUGAUAAGCACCCACCAAACCAAUGGUGUAGGGCUUUCUUUGAUUGUUUCUAUAAGAGUGACACACUCCUCAAUAAUCAUUGUGAAGUGUUCAACAAAUUAUUCUGCAACUUGUAUGUUAGCUACUGAGUAUAUGUUUGUGUAGUUUUUGGAGUCUUCUUGAUCAUGCUUUGUAUUACAUGUUGACGCAAAUAUAUACUAGAUGCAAGAGAGCUUCCAAUCAUGAGUAUGUGGGAAAAGAUUAGGGGCCAGAUUAUGCACAGGAUGUAUGAUUAUGCAAACACUUGUGAGAACAAAUGGACUGGCAACAUUUGUCCCAAAAUCAUGGACAAGAUGCGUAAAAAUGAGGACUAUGCUAGUGAUUGUUUUGCUUAUCCUUCUGGCCACAAGUAUACGAAGUGAAGAGCAAAGAUAACACCUAUGAGGUGAAGAUGAAUGAAAAAACUUGUGAUUGCAGAAGAUGGCAACUAACGGCCAUUCCAUGUUCGCAUGCCAUUUCCUGCAUGAGAAAAGAGAGAAUAAAGCCAGAAACCCAGAUAGCUAGUUUCUAUACAAGAGAAAGGUACAUGAAAGCAUAUGGAAAUACUGUUUGGCCAGUAAGGGAUAAAUCUUUCUGGGAAAAGACACAUGGUAGGGAUGUGGGAGCACCUUUGUAUGAAAAGAAAGCUGGGAGGAAAUCAAACAAAAGGAGAGAGCACCCAUCGGAGAAGGAGGAAGGGACGAGACUUAGCAAGCAUGGUGUGAAGAUGCAUUGCAGCUUUUGUAGGGAUCCUAAUCACAAGAGGCCUUCAUGCCCUGAAUUACAUCCCGAACUCAAGUUGGAACCACAAAGGAGGACAAAUGAUGAUGACAAUGUUGGUGAUCCUUCUGUGGUAGAGAACAUUGUAUCCGAGGAGGGCAAUCCUGAGUUGAUUCCCACACAAUGUACUAGGACUUUUGUAGUAUUGAGCUCAUGGAGGAGGAAGUGGAAGAGUUGUCAAAUCCAACAAGGAGGAAUAAAGGUCCACUUCCUGCAAAUGCAUUUAUUCAGGACCAUAUAAGUGAAUUUCCUUCUCCGAGGCCAACAACGGCAACAAGGGCUGGCAUGGACAUUGCAAGAGGUAGAGGAAGGGGAGGAGGAAGGGGAAGAGGGAGAGGCAGAGCCAAGUCUUCUUCUAUUACAAAUAAUGUAAGUGGUUCAGAUAUUGCUUCAAGUGUAGAUGUGGAAAAUGUAAUAGAAAGAACAAGAGCAAGCGUGAGAGGGACAGGGACAGGGAGAGCAAGAGUGAGAGGAGGAGCAACCGAUGGUACUGCUACCCAUGUUGAAGGAAGUAGUGCUACUGCUAGUAGUGUGCAACAAGGAGGAGGGACAAGUGUUGCCCACGCUGCACCAAGAGCAAGAAGAGCGAGAAAAACAAAAAGACCAGUGCCUGGAGGUGAUCAUUGGAAUGGUUAUGAGCACUCAAGAUAGUAUCAGUUGCUCUACAGAAAUAAGUAGAAUGUUUAAGUGCAAGUAUGUGCAACCUGCUUGUAAUGCAAUUUCAAAUGGUUUCAGAACUAUGUUUUAGAACUACGUGUUGUCACUGUUUAAAAACUAUGGAAUAAGUGCAAGUAUGUGCAACUUGCUUGUAAUACUUUUUCAAACGGGUUACAGAAUGAUGUGUUGGAUGGUUUUAGAACUAUGUGAUCAUUUGGAUUUUUUAAAAACUACGAAUGAUAUUGU